AUUGAAUAAUAUUAAUAACGUACAUUAUAAUACAUUCAAUUUAAUUAAACAUAACGAAAUCCGACAUAAUAUAUUAUUAUUAUGUCAACGCAGUCUAGUGGAAUAUUUUGUUCUUCAUUUUUACUGUAAGUAGGAGACGACAUGAUCCCACGGUCUCUGCCCUGGCAACCGUUGCUAGGGGGGGGCGUCACCUUCCAUCAGUUCCAUCAUCCCUUCGAUUAUUAUAUGUUUGAGACUGAAUGCCCUUUUGGGUGUGUGUAGAUAUUAUUUUAACGAAGGGUUUUUUUUUUUUUUUUUUUCGUUCAAAGAAUGCAUACUAAAAUUAACUACGUUCUACAUCGUACUGCAACGUUCCACAGCCAUAAUAUUACUACCAUUAAUGAUACAAUAUUGUAUUUGAUCUUAUAAAUGAACGACCUUACACUGCAGUCCGUUGAGUAUUAGCAAAGUUUUGUUUUUUUUUUUUAUAAGAAAAAUCAUCAACUGUGUAGACAUUUUAUCUAUGUGAUUAGAUAAACGACUUGUGAGUACUAGUGUUUUUAAAUUUAAUAGGUAAUUACCCAAUGCCCAUCUAUUUCCCGUUAACGUUUUUUUUUUUUAUUAUAGGUACCUACAUAUUGGGUUUGUAAUAAAUAAUAAUAUAUAAAAUAUUAUUUUAUGAUAACGAUUUAAACUAUGAAAUAAAACAUAUUAACACAAAUAUUGGGAUUAAAUUUUCUAUUUAAUAUUUAUUUAUUGUAUACAUGAAACAUUUAGAUGCGUACUAGGUAGGCAUCUAUACCUACAUAGCCACAUAUUAUCUACUACAUAUGUUUUGCGUGAUUUUUACUAUUUUUAGAUUUAUAACACGCAUCAGCUACUCUAGAGCGUUCAUUUAUACAUACUUGAAUCUGAAAAUCUAAUCAAUUUUAAAUACUACAGAAACAAUUUCAUGAUGAUAUUAUAAGAUACCUACUUAUUUAUUUAAAAUAUAUACCUACCUGUAUAGAUAUCUAUCUAUAUCUAUAUCUAUGUAUUGGCUGCAAUACAAAAAUGUUUAGAAUUACAUAUUUUUAUUUUAAAAUACAAUCAAAAUUACAUGCCUACCCAUCUUUGUUUGAGGGGAAGAAGUGCUUAAGUUUUUAUAAUUUUGUCUUACACAAUUUAUUUCUCUUUAUUUUUAUUUUAAAUUGCUUAUAUUAUCUUUAUACUAACUCAUGUUAAACUGAAAAUUUAAAAAAUCUUAUAUCACUACUUUUUUUUUGGCAAAAAUAUAUCAUAUAUAUUACCUAUAUGACUUAAAUCAUUUAGGAAUUGAAUAAUUUAGUUAUUCAGUAGAUAUGCUAUAUGCCAUUUAACAAUUUUCAAAAUUUAAUUUGCUUGUAUUUGGUUGAAAACUAUAAAAUUGACUUCUUACUCUUCUUUUCUGGACCAAAAAUUUAUUAACUUUAUAGAUACCUACUAUAAAUUAUUUUUUUUUUUAAAUGUGUCAACUAAAUUGCCUAUCUAGUUAUAUUUUAGGGCUCUAAGGCUAUAUUAAUUAAUAGGCUACUUUACUCCUAUCCCCUCCCCCCCCCAAAAAAAAAAAAUUACAAAUGUCUUAUAAAAACUAAAAUAUAUAAUGUGCACAAAUAAUAUUGUAGGUGAUACGAAUUGAAGUAUUAAUAGUAGUAUUAAUAUCAAUAUUACUUACAAACUUAUUCACAUAAAUAAAUUAUAAUUUAUAAAUGUAAGUACCUAUAUAUAUAUAUAUAUAUAAGACAAAUAUAUAUAUCGGUUAUGUUCAUUAUGAACAUAGAUUAUACACUUAAGCGUAGAUUUGGUAUGAAAAGUGUAUACUUUUUCAAUUAAAUGAACAUAGAUAUUACAUAAUUAAACAUUUUGUAGGCAAUUACUAAUUAAAAAAAAAAAUUGUGUGUGUACUGAAAAUUUAUUAUUUUUGCAGCUUCUAUAAUUUUCCCUAUAGAGGUGUAUUCUAAAAGGAAUGAUCAUAUAUUUGUUUGAUAUUACAAUAGUUUUAAUGAGUAUUUUACAAGGUAAAUAUGAACACUUAUUUCUAAUAUACCAUCUGCUUAAUCAACUGUCUUGUUAUUAUUUAUUUAAAAUAUCAUUAUUAUGUAUACAAUUGUAGGCUCAUUGUGUAUAAAUUGCUAUAAAUGUUCGUCCUUGAAUGGCAGUAAUGCAGAUUGUGAAGAUCCAUUUAAUCCAGCAAUGUCAACAUAUAUUGAAAAAUGUAUGGUUCCAAAAAAAGGACAUGUUGGGAUGUUUCCUGCAAACUUUUGUACUAAAAUAAUUGGAAAAAAUGGCAAGUAAAACAUUAUAAUAUAUCUUUUUUUAAGUUUUGAACAUAUACACUUUGGAUUAGGUACCUAUCUACAUACCUAUUUAUAUGGUGAUUACUUGUAAUUUAUAAUAGGAGCAUUAAAUAUCAGGUUACUGGCAUCUACAGAUCGCCAAAUUAUAAUGUUCAAUUGUUUUUAGAUUCCUUUAAUUAUUAAUAAUUUUGAUAAAUUUAAUUUUAUAUGUGGGGGCUGUAAUGAACUAUCUAAACUUAAUGAGUAAACACUUAUUUUUCUCUGGUACUAAUGGUAUUACAAGCCAAAAUGGCUCUUAUAGUAACAUUGAUCAUAUGUUUUUAAAAAAUAUAGAUAUAAAUUUAAUUUUUAGUUACAUUAUACAUAUUAGCAUUACUGAUCAUUUUGGUACUUCAAUUAUUAUACAUAUUGGUUCUUAGAAUAAUAAGUUUAUUAGAAAUUUCACAUUAGAUACUAAUACAAUAAGAAAUAUCAACUAUAACAAAUACAAUUUUCUAUUAUAUAAAGAAAAUAUGGGUGAUUGGUUAAAAAUCUAUCUACUAAUGAAGCUGUUCAAUGAUAAAAUAAAUAAUUGUAUUAUUAAUAGUACUAAUAGUAUAAAAUAAAAAAAUAUUGUAAGUUUAAUUGUUUGAUUAAAAAAAAAUUGAUAACUCAGGGUAUUUUGGUGUCUAUAAAUAUCAAAGAAAAAAUGUACACCAAAAAACGCAAACGACCUUUUAAUAUUUACCUUUUUCUGCUAAAUUUUCUAAACAUGAAAACCUACUACAAAUGGUUAUCAAGAAAUCACGAAUAUUAUUUUUUCAAGAUGAAAUUUUAAAAACAAAGUCUAAUAUUAAAUCUUCUUGGCUCUUAAAUGAAAUUAUAGAAAAUAAAAGUAAACCUACUCAACUAAUUACUUCACUGUAUAAUUGUAAUAAUAAAAAUAAUUUAAUAGAUGACAAAUUUGAAAUUUUUAAUAUCCUAAAUGAUAAUUCGCAAAUGUCGGUAAAAUUAUAACUAAUAAUAUUAAUAAAAAUACUUUUCAAAAAUUAGAUUGACACUAUUUGAACAAUAAAUGUCAUAUUAAUGAUUUUGUAUUUUUAACCUCUGUUUCUAUUGACAAAGUUAAGAUUUAAAUAAAUCUUUUAAAAGAUGAGUGUUCUUAUUAUGAAUUUGGUACUACAAAUCUCUUUCUAAAACAAAUUUCCAAACAUAUAACUAUACCACUCUCAUUAAUUUUCAAUAAAGCUGUUGAAAGUAGAGUUUUUCCUGAUGGUUUUAAAAAUUGUACUAUUAUUUCUUUGUUUAAAUUAGGUGAUAAAAAAGAUUGUGGGAAUUACAGGCCUAUUUCACUAUCACUGUCUAAUCAACAUUUUUGAGAAAUGCCUAAAAAAUGGUUUGAAUGAUUUUUUUUUAUAAAGAACAAUUUAUUUUUUAAUGAUCAAUUUGGUUUUUAGUUAGAUAAAUCAACAUUUGAUGCUUUAGUUCAGGUGGAUACAUUUUUAAAGAAUAAUCUAGAUGGUAGCAGAAAAAUAAUAGACAUAUUUAUUGAUUUUAAGAAAGCUUUGUAUUCGGUAAACCAUAAUAUCUUAAUUAAUUAACUUGAGUAUGCUGAUGUCCAAGGAAAAGCAUUAAGUCUAUUUACAUUUUUUUUAUCUGGUAGAUAUCAAGCUGUUAGGAUUAAUAAUUAUUUGAGUAAAUUUUAAUUAAAUUAAGUAAAUUAAAUAUUGUGUACCACAAGGAAUAGUUUUAAGUCCACUUUUUUUAUUAUGUACACUAAUGGUCUUUUUGGUUUAAACUUGAAUGCUGAAAUUAUCAGAUUUGCUGAUGAUACUUUAAUUUUAGUUAGUGGUAGCUCAAGUAAUGAAUUAAUUAAUUAAAUUGUGAUUACCUUAGAAAAAAUAGUUAACUGGUUUGAAAAUAAUUUAUUAGAACUAAAUAUUUGUAAAUCUAAAUACAUGUAUUUUGAUAUCAACAAUAAUAACAAUUUAACUUAUAAUCCUUUAAAAGUUUACUACUUAUAUUGUAAUAGGUCUUUAGUUCAUGUGAUAACCUUGAAUAUGUUUAAUCUAUUAAAUAUCUGGGAGUGAUUUUUGGUCAUUUUUUAAAAAUUUGAGGUGGUCUUUGCAUAUUAAUCCUGUAAUAGGUAUGGUACAGAAAUUAUUUUAGAUUCUGAGUGGAGUGAGGAAGCUUAUGGUUUUAUUAAGAUGUUUAUUAUUAUUAUUUUUCUUAAUCUGUGAACAACUUUUCCACCAGAAGAAUUGUUCAGAUUUUUAAAUGUAGCACCUUUUUUGAAAGGAAAUCGGUGUGGGGAAGUACUUUAAGGAAGUCAUUUUUCGAUUUUCUCAAGAGUUUUCUUAUCAAGUUUGAAAAAAUGGAUAAUGUAGGAAAUAUAUUACUAAAAUAUUACAAUUAUAUUUUCCUGUGCACAACUUUUCUACCACCAAUUUUGCUCCAAUUUAUAAUGAUAGCAAUAUUUCUUAAAAGAAAUGUGACUAAGGAGGUACUUUAGAGAGGUCAUUUUUUAAUUAUUUCAAGAGUUUUCCCAGCAAAUGUGAACAAUCGGAAAAAAACAGAAAAACUUAGAAAAACCGGGAAAACUGGUACAAUAUUAAAUAAAUAUUUAAAAACGAAAAGAUAAUUCCUAAUUAAUUAUUUUACUAUAAUUUGGCAUGUAUACAAUUUGCAAAGCAUCACUAUCAACUGAACUCCGUCCAGAAUCGUUUAUUCUCAAGUUAUGAUUUAUUGUUGCUUACAGAUAUAAAUUAAAUUAUUUUAUGUACCAUUAUAAUAUAUAAUGUAAAUUAUAUCAUAAAUAGUUUAUGAACCACUUAACAUGUAAUUCUCGAUUCAAAAUUGAAUAAAAUAAAAAAUAUAUCUAAAUCAUUUAGUCACUUUGUCACUAAGUUACCGUAUAAAAAAGAUUCAUUGACAAUAUAGGAGUGAUCAAUUUAUCAUAAGACACUCAUGAUAAGACACUCACUUAUCAUAAUGAUCUCGGAAAGUGUUAAAUUUUUUCGAAAUUUGUUUUAAAGAACAUUUAAGAAAAAAGCUGUUCUAAACUUUAACAUAUACAUUAUUUUUUAUUGCCCUUAUAUUUGGGGGUAAAACCACUACUUACUUUUGAUUUUUAAAUGGAAACCUAUAUUAAAAAGUCCAUAAAUAUAUGGAGUAUUAGUUAUAACAAAUUUUAGUGUUGAGAUUUCCAUUUAUCCUUUGAUGGAAUAUUCCACUUUUAAGUUUUGGUUGGAGGAGAGUAGUGGAGUAUCAUUUGUGUAGGCGUGGUGUGUUAAUAAUACACCACUACUCUCCUCCGACCCAAAAUUAAAAGUAGAAUAUCUCGUCAACGGAUUGAUGGAAAUUAAAAAUUUAAACACCAGCAUUUAUUUUAACUACUACUUCAUCUAUCUCUGAAAUGUAUAAAAUAGGUUGUCAUUUGAAAAUCAAAAGUAGGUAGUCGUGUCAUUCCCAUAGAUUAGGGUGACAAAAAAUGACACAAAUGUAAAAAAGCAGAGCUGCUUGUUUCUAAAAUUUUCUUUAAAACAAAUGUCGAAAAAAGUUAAUACUUUCCGAGAUAAUGAGUGUCUUAUGAUAGAUUGAUCACCCCGUAUAAUAUUUAUACCUAUACAUAUAUACCAUACAUAUAUUUAUAUAUGUUACAGUUCAUGUUGUAAAAUUGGUAAUGUCAUUAUAUUUAUACUUUUUGCAUAUGAAAUCCGAUUUCUUGCUGUUAUUUUUAAUACUAGAAUAUUAAUGUUUUAAUUUUCAAGUGAGGUACAAACAUGUGAAAUUUAGAUUAAAAAAAUCUGGAUUAAAAAUUUAAAUAUCAAUACAAAACCUAUGUACAAACAAAAACGACAUGCUUACCUUUAAGUUAGUUAAUUGGCCAAUACACUACAAUAUUUAAACAAAAACACAAAAAUAAGUUAAAAUGUGUAAUUAUAAAGACAUUACCGAUCUUAUAGCAUUCACCGUAAUAUAUAUAUAUAGAGAGAGAGAGAGCUUUGCGGUUCCCCCUGCAUGUGGCUCCCUAAUAUGCAAUCUGUGGCUCUUUGGAAAAUACAUCAAUGUCUAGACAUUCUAGAUCUAGAGCUAGACCCAUAAAAUAUAAAUUAAAAUUUGAUUUGUAUAAACAAUUAUAAGAAUAAUAAUAAUUUAAUAAUGUAUCAAUGAAAUUGCUUAGUAAAAUAUAUUAGUCAUUUUUUGUACUGUGGUAUAUUUUUUUUAUCUUUAUGUUACUCACAGAAAUAAGGACCACAAAUAUUUAUAUUUAAAUUAAUUUAAAAAGUUUUUCAAAAAGUUUAACUUUUUACUUGGUAAAAACAACUUUUUAUUUUAUUAUUUUUGAAAAAUUAAAAGAUAGCCAUUUUAUAGAGUUUAUGCUUCUAUAAAUGUUGAUGUUUCUACUUUUUAUUUUCAUUAAAUUUGUGAUUUUUAUUAAUUUUUUAAAGUUUGUAGAAAAGUAGCUACCUAUAUGCAGUAGGCUGUAAUUGCAUUCGCUAAUUGAUUACUGUUAUCAUUAUUAUUAUAACUAAACACUUUUUUCUCUGAACUUUAAACAAUUAUUAAAAAUCACAAAUUUAAUGAAAAUAAAAAGUUGAAACAUCAAUAUUUUCAGAAGCAUAAACUCUAUAAAAUGAUAAUCUUCAAAUUUUAAGAAAAUAUUAGAAUAAAAAGUUAUUUUAUAGUGUUUUUGUCAAUAAUAAAAAUGCAAUUCAAAUAUAAAUAUUUGUAUUACUUAUUCCUAUAAGUAAUAUGUAAAAAAAAAAUUGAUUAUCUUUAUUAUCUCAGGAGAUAUUGCAAUGAGUAUACCUUUUUAGGACUCCUUGUAUAUAUACAUUAUACAUUAUCUAUAAGAACUGUUGCUUUUGGAUAGCUGAUGUUUCAUAAUUUUUUGUUGCAGUGAAAACGCUCGAAAUAAUGGUUAUAAGGCAAUGUGCCAUGAAAACGAUGGACUCUCAGUGUGGAGAAUUUAAAUACCAAGAUCACACUAUGAAUGGUUGUAUUCUUACCUGCGAUUUUGAUGGCUGUAAUUCAGGAAAAAAGCACAUGUCAAAUAUCAUUUUCCAAAUCAUGCUUUCAGUAAUACUAUUAUUACUGAUGUCAUACUAUAUACAAAUAACUAUUGAAUAUUUUCAAAUUACUUAGAAUAGGUAAUUAUUUUAUAAAUUAUUAUUAAAUAUAAUAUCUUUUCAAUGUAUAUUUUAUAACUUUGUUGAACAAUUCAUCAUUCAUAUUAUAUUCUUUAUUGUUUUAAUAUUAAACCACAUUAUUACAUAUAACAUUUGAAAAAAAAAACUAACAUAGGGACAAUAUAAUGUCACUUGAUAUUAUUUUUAAUUAUUACAAAAUUUUAAUACAACUUCAUGUGUUCUACAUAGAUAUCGUUCUUCCCGAUUUCCAUUAUUAAUUAUUAUUAUAAUACUUAAUUUCUACCUAUUUAUUGAUUGGACUGGAUUAUAUUCCUAGGAUUUGUCAAUAGGAAAGUUGGGCUAAACAAGGCAAUUGAAAAUAUUUCUAUAUAAAUUAUUAUAUAAAGGCUUUUUAUUGAUGUUUUUUUGCAAAAUAUAUAUAUGUGUAGUAAAAUUGUUUGUAGUUAGUAGUGGUAGUAGUAGUUUAUAUAUUCUAAUGAAAUGAUUAUUACCCAUUUUAUUAUUAAUACAUUUUAAAUUCUGAAUGGUUUCUAUUUAUUUUUGUUUUUAACACAACUAAUGAGGAGGGGGUAUAAAGCCCCUGUCUAUUGAAUAUACCACUAAUUAUACCAUUAUUUACAAAUAAUUAAUUUAAAAUUAUAUUUUAGGCCUUGAAAAAAAAAAAAAUGCAUAAUAUUAUAUUGUUAUAAAUCAUAAAAUAUAGUAUCGUUAUAAUAUUUGUUUUUAUAUUAACCACUUAAAAAAAAGUAUUGCAGGUUAUGUUAUACCAAUUACUUAUAAGUAGAAGUCAUUUUAUAUAUAAUCUGUACCGACAAGUGAUAUAAUUUUUUGUUUUAUAUACCUAUUAUAUAAAUAUAAUAUUAACAUAGAAAAUGCUUUGCUCUAAAUUUUAAUUACUUUAAAAUCAUUAUGGAAUAGGGAAACAAAAAAGUGACACCAAUUAACAAAAACCAAUAUAAUAACAAAUAAUUUCUCUAUGUACCUUCAAGCUACAAAAUUAUUUUUUUAGAUUCUGAGUAUAUUAUUUAUUUUUUUUUGCUAAAUAUAUACCUAUGUUAUUAUAUAAUAUUAUGCUAUAUAUAUCAUAAGUUUAGACAUUUAAGUAAAUCAAUGCUGUGAUUAUUUUAUUCUAAUUGUUAUCGGAACAUAAUUAUUUUAAUAUUAUUUUAAACUAUACUAAAGUUUACAUUUGUUGACUAUUGUAGCUAAUAAUAUACUACAUUAUAUUAUUUUUAUUAUUAUUAUUAUUAUAUUACAUAUUAUAAUAUAUUGUAUACAAAAUCAAAAGUAGGAAUAAUUUAUUAAUUUAUGUUCUUAUAUUAUAUAUUAUAUUACAUUAUUAUUUUUUUGCUAAUAUUAUUAUCUAUAUUUAUUUACUUCCAUAGAUAUUAUGCUAUGAUGGAUUCGUUG